AGCAAUUCGAUCAGCAGCAGCUCGAGCAGAGAAGAGAAGAGAAGAGCAGAGCAGAGCAGAGCAGGGCAGAGAAGAGAAUCCGGAGCUAUCGGGGUGGGGCACGUUCGUCGGGACGCGGGGCUGCUUGGGCAGCGACGCAGGGAGGGAAGCCAGGUCCGGCGGAGCAGGUGCUGCGAAAGUGUUGGAGCGAGAGAUUUCGGGCGCACGGAGUGGAAGAAAGCGAAGAUCGUGAAAGAGCAAGCGAUCCUGGCGAGUGGGCGCUGGCUCUAAUACGCUGCCUGCCGUUCGCACACAACGCGGGACCGAGUAACGGGGGCGUGUUGUGGUGACCGCGUGGGGCGAGUGAGUGAGUGAGUGAGGGAGGGAGGGAGGGAGCGAGCGCGCAGGCCUCGAGCAUCGAGCAUCGAGCAUCGAGCGAGCCUGGCUGGGAAACGAAAGCCCCUCGCUGACUCUGGCUCUCGCACUCUGCGUGCGUCCGGGAGCCGGCCUCGGAAAGAAAAGGGAGCCCAGAGGCAACGGGAUCUCAGAGACGGUUCUCUCGCGACUGGGCCGACCGAUUGAUUUUUCGGAGUGUUUGGGUGGCCAUACAUAUGAAUUGGUGUCUGCGUCGCUGCCGUGGUUGCCUUUAACGCCCGAGCAAGAGGCCCGAGCGAAUUGCGAGUUGCAGAGCGGCGGACGGGAGGUGCCGGUGAGGGUGGUGGGGGAGCGCGAUGGCGGAGGCUGCAGCGUUGGAGGGCGUGAGACAAUGCACGAGUGAGCUGGACAAGUAUGUGUACCUGCGGCACUUGCAGCAGGAGAGCCCGGCGUUGUUUUACAAGCUUCUGAUCAACAAUGCGCAGGAGCUGCUGCCGGUUGUGUACACGCCCACCGUGGGGCAGGCGUGCCAGGAAUACAGCAAAUUGCCCAUCAAGAUGCACGGGCUCGUGAUCAGGCCCGCCGACAAGGGCCAUAUUCUGGCCAAGCUCCGAGACUGGGCGGGCGUUGAGCGCGUCAGAGUCAUCGUGGUGACUGAUGGCGAGCGCAUUCUGGGCCUGGGAGAUCUGGGAUUCAAUGGCAUGGGCAUCGCCGAAGGUAAAAUUCUCCUCUACACCGUCAUGGCCGGUGUCAAUCCAGCUGUGUGCAUGCCUGUGUGCCUGGAUGUGGGCACGAACAACCAAGAGCUGCUGGCUGAUCCGACGUACAAGGGUCUCAGACAGAAGAGGCUGCGCGGGCCUGAAUACGACGAUCUGGUCGACGAGUUCAUGAGCGCUGUCCGGGACUUGGGAGAUCACACUCUGCUACAGUUCGAGGACUUCGGAAAUUCCAAUGCAUUCCGUCUGUUGGACAAGUAUGCUCCUCUGCAGUGCUCGUUCAAUGACGAUAUCCAGGGGACAGCGUGCAUCACGCUGGCUGGUUUACUGUCAGCUCUCAGAGUUACAGGAAAACCCUUGCAAGACCAGAAGAUACUGUUUUUGGGCGCGGGCGAAGCCGGCACGGGCAUCGGCCAGCUCAUUAGCAAGGCCAUUCAAGCCGAGAGCAACCUGACGGAGGAGGAGGCAUUGCAACGGUGUUAUUAUUUGGAUUCCAAGGGUCUCGUAUGUCGCUCCCGCACCGAUCUCCAGCACCAUAAGCUGCCGUUUGCCCACGAUGUGCCUUUCCAAUCCAACCUUCUUGAUGCAGUGAGGGAGUUGAAGCCCACCAUGCUCGUGGGAGUGUCCACUCAGCCUGGAGCCUUCAGCAAGGAGGUUUGCGAGGCGAUGUCCGAAAGCAAUGAUAGGCCAAUCAUCUUCCCGUUGUCGAACCCAACGUCCAAGGCGGAGUGCACGUACGAAGAAGCAUUUUCAUGGACCAAUGGCAAGGUGGUGUUUGCCAGUGGCAGCCCCUUCGACUCCCUGAAAGCUCCUGACGGAAAGAUUUAUUUCCCGGCCCAAGCAAACAAUGCUUACGUCUUUGGCCCUAUCGGUAUGGCAGCUCUGUUGACCCACUGCCAUCAGAUCACCGAUGAGGUGUUCCUACAGGCGGCGAAAGUUUUGGCUGAUUUGACCCCGGAAUCCACUCUGGAAUCCGGCAUGUUGUUCCCCAGCAUCUCCGACAUGAAGGGGAUGGUGGUGCCUCUCAUUGCCGGCAUCGCCGAUUUCAUGGUGAAAUCGAAUCUGGGAAAGAGACCAGGAGGUGUGUCAAAGUGGGAGGAUCACGUCAAGGCUCAGAUGUAUCAGCCCAAGGUAUACGGACGAGCUCUGUCUGUAAAGGUUGCGCCCACACCUGUUCCAGAGGUGCACCAUGAGGACAUGCAAGAACUCAUUAUGAUUCGCCACAUGUACACUGAUAUCCAACGCUACUUAUUCCUUCGAUACCUCCAGGAUUCACAACCGGAUACCUUCUGGAAACUCAUGAUCAACAACGCCCAAGAGCUUCUGCCCUAUGUCUACACCCCAACAGUCGGAGAGGCUUGUGAAAAGUACAGUAAUCUCCCCAUCAAGACUCGAGGCUUAUACAUAAGAGAAGAAGACUCUGGAAAGAUCCUGGAAAAGCUAAAGGCUUGGCGACACCAGGAUAUUCAAGUUAUUGUUGUCACUGAUGGGGAGAGAAUUCUUGGGCUUGGAGAUUUGGGAGCUGGUGGUAUGGGCAUCAGUGAAGGAAAGAUCAUACUGUACACUGUGUUUGGUGGCGUGGAUCCGAAGCGCUGUCUACCGGUUUGCAUAGACGUGGGUACAAACAAGGAAAGCCUCCUUCAAGAUGCUGAGUACAUUGGUGUUAAGCACAAACGUUUGCGUGGUGAGAAGUACGAUGCGCUUGUAGAUGAGUUGGUCCAUGCUGUAAAGGAGUGGCAGCCUCAUCUGCUCUUACAGUUCGAAGACUUCGGCAACACCAAUGCCUUCCAUGUUUUGGAGAGGGCCCAAGAUGUAGUGUGUUGCUUCAACGAUGACAUUCAGGGAACCGCUUGUAUCACUCUCACAGGCCUUCUGUCCGCUCUUCGAGUUACAGGGAAGAAACUAGAUGAGCAGAGGAUCUUGUUUUUGGGGGCCGGCGAGGCAGGUACAGGAAUUGGAAAACUUAUAGCUUUGGCUAUAAAUCAGACAUGUGGAGUUCCGAUGGAAGAGGCCAUGAAGUUCUGUUUCUAUGUGGAUUCGAAGGGUCUUGUUUGCAAGUCAAGAACAGGCCUGCAACACCACAAGUUGCCGUUUGCCCAUGACGUACCUUUCCAGCCGGACCUUCUUUCAGCUGUGAAAGAACUGAGACCCACAGUAUUGAUCGGAGUCUCCACUAUUACAGGGGCUUUCAGUAAAGAGGUUCUGGAAGCCAUGCGCGAAUACAAUGAGCGUCCAGUUGUAUUUCCUCUAUCUAACCCUACUUCGAAAGCAGAGUGCACUUUUGAAGAAGCUUACCAACAUACUGGGGGAGCUGUCGUAUUUGCGAGUGGGAGCCCCUUCCCUCCAUUUGUUACUAAUGACGAGAGAACGUUGUUCCCGGCGCAAGCAAACAAUGCUUACAUUUUCGGACCCAUCGGUAUGGCGGCGGUUUUGACCAAGUGUAAGACGAUCACAGAAGAGGUAUUCUUGAUAACCGCGGAGCUCCUUGCGGCAAAAACUCCAGAAGCUCGACUAGAAUCCGGAAUGCUGUUCCCAGCAUUUUCAGAUAUGAAGGAAGUUGCACCCCAGCUUAUUGCUGGAAUUUGUGAGUAUAUGAUGAAGGUUGGUCUGGGAACACAGCCAGAUGGAGUGACUGACUGGUUAGAAUACGUGAAGGAGCAAAUGUUUAAGCCUCCUGAAGGAACUUCAAGUCGUCUUUGAAUGUCAUCCCGAUCUUCAUAAGGUGCCAAUAUCCCCUGGCGUAUUAGCAAAUGGGCCAGGCUCGGCCGGGUCGAAUGUAAUUUAUUAGAAGAUAGUCAGUUUUUUUCCAUAUGCCCAUACUUUUUGUUGGGUGCAUUUAUUGCGAUUGUCUUAAAAUUAGACACUUCGAUGAGGAAUAUGAUCAUCUCCAUCCGCCUAGAGUUUCGAACUCCACCAAUUGAAGUUACCAACUGGUUUCAUAGGUGAAGCCACAUCGCUUUCACUGUCUUCCAAGACACACCUCGGAACUAGUUUUAAGUUUUCCAGAUCCGUAAUUUGGAUACAUUCUGGGUAAUCGCUACACAGAAUUCCAGAGUCUUAUGGAAUCACAUAAGUAGAGCAGGUCGAAGAUCAAGAGGUUUCAGCUUUCUUGCCUUGGUGUGAAGUUCGACGUGACGUCGAGGAGAAAGGUAGCACCUUCCUGCACUGCGUGUUGUUUCGUACAAUCUGAUCCUUUCCCUUGAUUGUUGAGGUACAAAUGUAAGUUCGGCCUGCACUGGCAUCUCCCUGACUUGAAAAAAUUCAAAAGGAUCUAUUAUGCCGUC